AUGAUGUUCUGCAGUCGCGCAGCACGCACGGCGACAGCCGCACGCACAAUCCGGUCCUUCGCGACCGCCGCAACACAACCCCCCGUAACCAGCGCAGCCAAAAACCACAAAGUCGUUGUUAUUGGCGGCGGCACCGCGGGGCUCGCCAUCAGCCACCAACUCCUCGACACGGGCAAAUUCACACAGGACGACAUUGCUAUCGUCGACCCCUCGGAAUGGCACCAUUACCAGCCCGGUUGGACGCUUGUCGGUGGCGGUCUGAAGACGAAGCAGGAGCUGCGUCGGCCGUUGCAGAGUUUGCUUGAUCCGAAGCUCAAGCUGUACCGGGGUAGCGUUGGUUCUUUCGCGCCGAAGGAGAAUACUGUUACGCUUGCGAAUGGGGAUAAAGUGAACUAUGAGCAGCUCGUCGUUGUGCCCGGGAUUAGCAUCGACUAUGAUAAGAUCAAGGGCCUUCCCGAGGCGCUCGCGGACAAGGACUCGCUUGUCUCGUCGAUUUACGGAUAUGAUACAGUGGAUAAGGUGUUCGGGACGAUUCAGAAGAUGGAGAAGGGCAAGGCGCUGUUUACCCAGCCCGCUGGUGUGAUGAAGUGUGCUGGCGCGCCGCAGAAGAUCAUGUGGCUUGCGCUGGACCACUGGAAGCAGCGCGGGUUGUAUAACCCUACCAACCCUGCGGGCUCGUCGAUUAAUAUUAGCUUCGCGACGGCACUUCCGGGCAUGUUCGGUGUGCCGAAGUACAGCGCGAAGCUGGAGGAACUGCGCAAGGAGCGCGGUGUCGAGGGACUCUUCAUGCACGACCUAGUCGCUGUGAACGGCAACACGGCUACUUUCUCCGUCGGCGGCAAGGAGCAAGUCCAGAAGAAAUUCGACCUGCUGCACGUCGUCCCGAAGAUGGGCCCCUACUCCUUCAUCAAAAACUCCCCCCUCGCCAAUGAAGCCGGCUUCGUCGACGUCAACGACAACACCACCCGCCACAAGACCUUCCCCAACGUCUGGUCCGCCGGUGAUGCUUCCAGCCUUCCCACCUCCAAGACCGCUGCCGCUGUCACCGCGCAGGCACCCGUCCUCGUCCGCGGCCUUGUGCAGGCCCUCGAGGGUAAGGAGGUUGAUGCUGGUUCUGCGGCUGAAGGGUAUGAUGGAUACACAUCUUGUCCGAUUACGACGGAGUACGGGAAGGUGCUGCUUGCGGAGUUCAAGUAUGGGAAUGUGCCGAAGGAGUCGUUUAAUGAGUGGUUUGGGUGGGAUCAAAUUGAACCGCGCAGGGCGUUUUAUCAUCUUAAGAAGGACUUUUUCCCGUGGGUUUAUUAUUCGGCGUUGGUUAAGGGGUCUUGGGGGGGUCCUAAGGGAUUCCUUUAA